AUGCAAGAAACUUCUCUCUGUCCCAGCGAGGGUCUGUCCAAUAUCGAUCCUAAUCGAUCAACAAAAAAAGUGAAGAUUCGCAAGGAAAACGAUCAAGAGGGGUUGGAGGAGGUGAACAAUAUGGAAGUGGAAAUCAUGGAUAAUCCCCCUGCCAUCGUUAAUGAGCCUACUGAAAAAGUAUCUUUUAAAGAUACUCUUCUCAACAAUACAAGAACUGAUCAUAGUAUACAUGAUGAAGACUAUACUGUUUUCAACCUUUUGGAUGAUGAUAUUGAGGUUGGGGAUAAUAAAGGAGUCCCGACGAUCAACUUUUCUGAUAGGAUUCAUAAUCUUAUUGCCCAAAACAUGAGAUUUUGUGUUGUUGUCCGUCUUCUUGGUAAAACUAUUGGCUAUAAAACUCUUCUCAGCCGUCUCUUGAAGCUUUGGAAACCGAAAGACUACCCGAGCCUCGUUGAUCUUGAUAACAAUUUUUUUCUAGUCAGAUUCUAUUCGAUGGAUGACUAUAUCAAUGCCUUGUCGGGAGGACCUUGGGUUAUCUUUGGUCAUUAUCUCACAGUGCAACCAUGGAACCCCGAGUUCUCUUCAGACAACAUCAAUGCGACUUCGGUAACUGCCUGGGUUAGAUUUCCAGGUCUGCCCAUUCAAUAUUACCACAAUCAUGUGUUGAAAGCGAUAGCCAAAACCAUAGGGAAUGUCAUCAAAAUUGACUUCAACACGGAAGCUAGAGAACGAUGUAAGUUUGCGAGAUUAGCUAUCAAUUUGGAUCUAACUAAACCUCUUUUUUCCAGAAUUAUGAUCGACGGUCAUAUUCAGAAGGUCGAGUACGAGGGUCUCCCUAUUAUUUGCUUUGACUGCGGUCAAUAUGGGCAUCGGAAGAACCUCUGUCCCCAUAAACAGUCUACUAAUGGUGUCACAGAUGGCCCUACAACCAUUCAUGCUGGUCCUUCUUCAGUUUCGCCGUCGACCAUGGAAGAUGCUCCGUUUGGACCGUGGAUGCAGGUGACAAAUCGUAGAAGGAAACCCGACUUUUCCGCCAACAAUCAAGGAAGCAACGGUAAUAAAUCUUCAGGGUCAAGGUUUGAUGCUAUUGCCACUUUAGAGGAUCAUGAUCAUGGUCAAUCCUCCACUCAUGGUAACAAGAAUAAUGUUGCUCCCGCCAUGCAAAAGGAAACUUUGAAUUUCCAUGCAAAAAAGAUUUCCAAUAAUAAAGUGAAUGUGUCCAACACACAAGGUAAGUCCCUUUCCCAUAAUAUUAAUGCCUCAACUAAUAUGUCCACGUCAUCUUCCCACAUGCAGGGCCAUGCAAAAGCUAAUGUUUCUCACCUUCCUACUCCUUGCAUUAAUGGGAAAGUGAAUGUCAUUAAUAACAGCUCAUCUACUGACAUUAUUCCUUCUCCUGUGGACGUUUCACUUGACCCUAAAAGCCAUUCUGCUGUAGUCUUUUCUCCUCCGAGGAAUGUGCAGGAUCAAAUUCCGCAGCUUAAACUCCUUUCUUUACGUGAAAAAUUUCCUCCAAAAGGCUCGGAUAAAACCCGCAGUCAAUGGAGUGUGAAGAUCAAUAAAAACUCUAAAAACAGCAUUAAGACUAAAAAGAAGAAGGCUCCUAAUUUGAUGCAUAACACCAACAUUGGUGAUCUGCUCAUGGAGAUGAACAUCCCAGAGUCACAAUUUGAAGAUACAGGAGCUAUAUCCGAAGGGGCAGCUAAAAAUGGUUUUGUUCGCUCUGUUAAAUCUUUUCGUGAUUAUUAUAAUCCUUCUAUUAUGGUUGUUGUUGAGCCGAGAAUCGCAGGUAUCAAAGCAGAUAAGGUUAUAAAACGUACUGGUUUUGACUUUUCCCAUCGUGUGGAAGCUCAUGGCUUUUCCGGGGGUAUUUGGCUUCUCUGGAAUGUGAAUGCUAAAGUUGAUAUUUUAUUAAACCAUUUCCAGUUUAUCCACAUCUCCUUAACUUUUGAUAACACCGGUGAGACGUUCCUUUUCACUGCUGUUUAUGGUAGUCCUAGUCCUUCUAAUCGUAAUAAUAUGUGGAGGGAUCUUUCUUCACUAAAUAUUGGUAAUAAUUUCCCGUGGAUUAUUGCAGGUGAUUUUAACGCUAUUCUCUAUUCCACAGAUAGGAAAGGUGGUUCUCGCUUCAGAAAUCAUGGCUGCCCGCAUUUUUCAAAUUUUUUGGAGAAGAACGCUCUUACUCAGCUGGAUUCUGUGGGCCCAAAUUUCACCUGGAGGUGGGGAAAUUUAUUUCAAAAGCUGGAUAGAGCCAUCUGUAAUAAUCUUUGGCUGCAAAAACAUCUGAAUGCUGUCACCCAUCACCUCCCUCGUAUUCAUUCCGACCACAGGCCUAUCCUUAUCAAGCUUAAUACUCACAGGUUGGAUGUUGUCAACAAUAAGCCAUUCCGGUUCUUGGCUUCUUGGCUUACUCACAAAGAUUUUGUUAACGUGGUUAAGAAUAGCUGGAAUAACCAACAGUCUCUCAAUGAUAACAUUCAUUUGUUUACGGAAAAAAUUAAAGGAUGGAAUGUUGACGUUUUUGGAAACAUCUUCAAGCAAAAAAGGAUCUUGUUGGCUCGGAUUAAUGGCAUCCAGAGAUAUCUUGAAAAUCGUCCUUCUAAUUACCUUACUGAGCUGGAAAACAAUUUAAAAGCUGAGCUCGAUGAAAUUUCUUUGAGAGAAGAAGCCUUGUGGUUGCAAAAAUCUAGAUGCAAUUGGCUCAUGCUUGGAGAUCGCAAUACCUCUUAUUUCCAUGCUAAAGCUACUGCGAGAAGAAGAAGGAAUCGAAUUUGUGUGCUCAAAGACUCGGAUGGAAACUGGUGUGACAAUGAUGCCUCCCUGCGCAACUUGGCUGUUUACUUUUUCAAAGGCCUGUACACUGAAAGCUGUAACAACAGACCUGUUUACCAAGUUCGGGGUUGCUUUCCUGCGCUUGACUCCAUCACAAUCAGUCGUCUGGAUAGUGAAAUCACCAACGGGGAAAUUCAUCAAGCUCUCUUUCAGAUGCAGCCUUGGAAAGCUCUUGGUGUCGAUGGCAUCCCAGCUGCGUUCUAUCAAAAUCAAUGGGUCAUUGUUGGGAAUUCUAUUUGCUCUACUAUUCGGAAUAUUUUUAAGGAAGGAGUUAUGGAGAGUGAUAUUAAUAGAACUCUUAUUUCCCUCAUCCCCAAGACUGAGAAGCCGGAGACCAUCAAAGACUUUCGUCCUAUAAGCCUUUGUACUGUGGUUUACAAAAUCCUGACUAAAGUGAUAGCUAACAGAUUUAAAAAAUUUAUGCCUAGCAUUGUUCGGCCUACUCAAGCUAGUUUUGUAGCCGGGCGUAAUAUCACUGAUAACAUUAUCAUCGCACAGGAAGUCAUCCACUCUAUGCGUAAUAAAAAAGGGAAAGAGAGUUGGUUCGCCAUUAAAGUUGAUCUUGAAAAAGCAUAUGACUGCCUUAAUUGGAAGUUCAUCGAAGAUACCCUCACGGAUGUUGGUAUUCCUACACAUAUGAUCAAAGUCAUUAUGCAUUGCAUUUCUUCUUCUCAUAUGAGUCUUCUCUGGAAUGGAACGUCUUCUGAAGAAUUUAAACCUUCUAGGGGCAUCCGUCAGGGGGAUCCCCUCUCCCCUUAUAUUUUUGUUCUCUGUAUGGAACGUCUUUCUCAUCGCAUUGAUCUUUCUAUUCAAAAUGAUGACUUGGUUUUAUUCGGGAAAGCAACAGAGGGUCAAGGGCUCAUUGUAAAAUCCAUUUUGGAUGAGUUUUCUAAAAGCUCCGGUCUCAGCUGUGCAGUCAAUAUCAGCAGCUUGUUGGGUUUUCAACGUUCUCAUGAUCUUGGGAAAUACCUUGGUGUGCCGCUUCUCCAUUCUCGAAUCACCAAAGAAACUUAUGCUUUCAUCCUAGACAAGAUUCAUAAGAAGUUGUCCGGAUGGAAUGCCAAUCUCCUUUCUUUGGCGGGUCGGCUUACCCUUGCUAAAUCAGUUCUUAUGACGAUCCCGAGCUAUACUAUGCAAACAGCUCCUCUCCCCAAAAGCCUUUGCAAUAGCAUCAACAGUUUAGUCCGCAAUUUCAUUUGGGGUAGCAAAGAGGGUUCUCGUAAGCAUUGUCUCAUAAAAUGGGAAGAUAUGUGCACACCCUGUACUUCAGGAGGUAGCGGCAUCAGAGAUUUGAAGAGACAAAACAACGCUUUUAUUAUGAAACUCGGAUUUUCUGUUAUGACCAAGCCUGAGCUGUUAUGGGUUCAAGUGGUUAGAAGCAAAUAUGGCUGGAUUCGAAAUGGUAAUUCGUGCAAAGCAGGAGCCAACAACUCAGUUCUUUGGAGGAAUAUUUCUCAAUUAUGGGGAACUAUUGUUUCAGGGUGCAGCUGGGCUCUCGGUGACGGCAGUGAAGUCAAAUUUUGGGACGAUAAUUGGUUGAAUGAUCUUGGUCCUCUUAAACUGCUAUCCAUUUCUCCUAUUGCUGAAAGUGACCUUUCUUUAAAAGUUAAAGAUUUGGUUGUCAAUGGUAAUUGGGAUUGGGGUCGUUUGUCUUGCCAAGUUCCAAACACGGUACUUCUGCAUCUUGCAGCAGUGAAUCCUCCUUCUGCUGUUAAUGGGACCGAUCAGCUCUUUUGGAGUUCGACCAGUUCCGGCAACAUUUCAGUAAGCUCUGCGUAUGAUAUUCAGGGAACUGUCCCUUGCGAUGCUAACCAGAGAUAUUGGAAAGCGAUUUGGAGCUGGCCUGGGGCUCAAAGAGUUAGAAUUUUGUUGUGGUUGGGCGCGAACAACAAGCUUCUCACAAAUCAUGAACGGAAAAGACGUCACAUGACAGAGGAUGCUUCAUGUUCUAUUUGCGGCGACAAUGUUGAAGAUGGCGAACACAUAUUUCGAUCCUGCAUUAUGGCUAGGGAAGUGUGGCGUAAACUGCUUAGUACUAAUGCUUAUUAUGCAUUUUUUAACUUGCCUUUCACUGAUUGGUUCUUCGGAAAUUUGCAGGGAAAAAUAGUCAUGGAUGCUGCGAAUUGGAUAGUGACCUUCGGUAUCACUUGUUGGUGUCUCUAG